GUUUCAUGUCCGGCGUUGUUUUCUUUUAUUUUUGUUAAAUAAUAUUAAAAGAAUUGGCAUAAUAAUAUGGCCGAUACUAAAUCCGGUCGCUAUGCCAAUUCCAAUGCAACUAGUGGCCCUAGUGGCAGCAGUAGCAGUACUCCCCCCAAUAUCUCACAAUUGGUCCAGGGACCGGCUAAUUUGGAAUGCAAGGACUUUCAGGAAUAUCUGCGGACACGACAGACGCCGGAAACGCUGGAGAAACUCUACAAUUAUCCGCCUAUAUGCCUGGCUGUGUAUCGAGAUUUACCGGAAAUAGCCCGUCAGUUCAUUAUACGCAUUCUGUUUGUAGAUCAACCUGUACCGCAGGCGGUAGUCAGCUCUUGGGGAGCGCAAAGAUGUGCCAAAGAACAGCAGGAAGCCACCAGUUGUUUAACAUCUCUAAAUGUAUGGCGAGUAACGGCCAUACCUGGUGGAUUGGCUGCUUGGGAAUUGUCACCUACGUUCAAGAAGAGCGUUAGGCAAAUACUUUUAGGCGGCGGCAAGCCCUGGCCAAUGACAAAUACACUGGAAAAAGACUCAAAACCGCGUGACAUCGCCUUCCUGGACUCAUAUGCGAUGUCACGAUGGCGUUGUGUACUUCAUUACAUGGUAGGCACGGGCAAUCGCAAUGGCACAGAUGCGGAAGCCAUUAGUCCAGAUGCUGUGCGAAUUCUUCUGCAUGCCAAUCUGAUGAAGCGAGAUGAACGCGAUGGCAUAACGAUAACACGGCAAGGAUUCCAGUUUCUAUUACUGGACACGAGGGCACAAGUUUGGCAUUUCAUGAUGCAAUACCUGGAUACGUGUGAGGAACGUGGCAUAUCCCUACCCGAAUGCCUCUCGAUGUUAUUCCAAUUGAGUUUCUCUACACUGGGCAGGGAUUACAGCUCGGAAGGAAUGAGCCAUCAAAUGUUGGCAUUUCUACAACAUUUACGGGAAUUCGGAUUGGUUUUUCAAAGAAAACGCAAAGAAGGACGCUUCUAUCCCACACGUUUGGCUUUGAAUGUUACCAGCAAAGAGUCAGCGGAUGCUACCACAGCCAUUGUUACUAUGUCAGCAUCGGAGGAAGAGGAACGUAUGCAGGAUCGUGGCUAUAUAGUGGUAGAGACAAAUUAUCGUGUCUAUGCCUAUACGGACUCACCACUGCAAGUGGCUGUUCUUGGACUCUUCACCGAGCUGUUAUAUCGGUUUCCCAAUUUGGUUGUUGGCGUUCUCACCCGAGAUUCCGUGCGUCAGGCUUUAAGAGGAGGCAUUACGGCUGAACAAAUUAUCUCCUAUCUCGAGCAAUAUGCUCAUCCGAAUAUGAAACUUGUAGAAUCAGCCAUCAACUCAAAAUCCUGCCUACCACCCACAGUUGUAGAUCAAAUCAAGUUGUGGGAAAUGGAACGUAAUCGUUUCACCUAUACCGAGGGUGUAGUCUAUAAUCAAUUUCUAUCGACAACUGAUUUCGUCACUCUACGGGAUUAUGCUCAAUCCAUUCAAGUAUUGGUUUGGCAAAAUGAGAAAACACGUACUAUGGUGGUCCAGAAGAAUGGACAUGAUGACGUUAAACGCUAUUGGAAGAAGUAUUCCAAAAGCGCUGGCUGAACAAGAGUUGUGUGCUAAGGUUAGAGGGAUAUUCUAAUUUGCUUACCUUGAGAAGAAUAAUAGUGCUCGGUCCACGGUCGAUAACUGUAUCGGUCGGGGUUUUGGGAUUUAGUUAUCCGUAGGAUUUCAAAUAUAGUUAUUAAUUAAAAUUUA